UCGUGGCGUGCGGGUGCUGUUGGUAAAAACGCGCGCGAAUUCACCAACCAAAAUAAGAAUAAAAGACAAGAAAAUAUACAAUUGUGUGUGUGUGUGUGUUUUUUUUUUUUUUGAAGAAAGAAGCAUACUUGCAACACGCACACAAACACACACACAUACAGUGAAACUCAAGUGGCUUGAGGCUAAUAAAAUGAAAGAGUGUUUAUAAUGGAAAUUAGUGGCGGAAAAAUUAAUGUAAAUUUGUGAAGAAAAGUGAAAAAUGUUAAAAUAUUUUGAGAAAAGUAGCAAGGAAAAUUACAUGAGCAGCAUAAGAAAAUUAAAAUGUUGAGCUGUUUUGCUACUUCAUGCAUAAAUUGUGCAAAUGAAAAAUGCAGGCACAUGUCGCGUACCAGCAUUAGACAUGAGACAUCAGGCAACAACGCAGCGCCAUGCUGGGAUGCCAAGAAGCGCAAUUUUUUUAUACUUUAAAUGAGAUAAAGUGGCGCAAUUUAGUGAAUACGCGCACCGCGUUAGAAUAAGAAACAACCAACGGGCGUAGUAAAUACGAACAUAUAAUUUGUAACAUUACCACAAAGACCGUGUCGCGCGCUACGUCUAUAAGCUCCAUAUUAUUCAAAAAGCAAAGUGUUUUGACGCGCGCCCGCUGUCUAACGUGUAUGCGUGCGUGCGUGCGUGGGUGGGACUGUAGUUAUUUGCUGUUGUGGUUACUAUGCACGUUACACAUGCUGCACGGGAUGGGUGUCAAACUUUAAGCAAAACCAGCAGCAGCAACGCCGUCAACGACGAACAGGAAAACUGUCAAAGCGUACAGUUCGCCUACAAUCAGAGCGCCAAUAAAACGACAGCCAUUUGCCUUCAGAAGAAGCCAAGCAAUAACGACGCCAAUCGUGCUAAAAAUAGUGCAAACAACAGCAACAAAGUGUACAUCAAUAUUGCGCAACCCUGCAAGAGGACGAGCAGUGAGAGCUGCAGUGCACAGAAACAGCAGCAACCACUUGGCAUUUUACGUCACAACUGCUGUCACAUACACCAACGUCGGCGCAACGACAAUCAUCCACAUUUUGCGAUUGAUAACCUAGAAAGGCAUCGGCUAGCCGACAUCGACGCAGUUGGAGGCAGCGCCAGCAGCAGCAACAAUAUUUGACGUACGCGACACGUAAUCGACAGCUGCCACAAACAGAACAACGCAAGCGACGAGCAAAUCGACGACGCGGCAAGUUCCAAUUUGCGUCAACUUAUAGAGCAGCAGCGUGAACAGCCACACCGACUGCCACACUUAACACCCAUUUCGCCCGUGCACCUUACUUCCUGCCCCACUUCAUCCUCCUCUACAUCCCACAGUUCCUCUUCAACAUCCUGCAGUCAAUGCACUAUCGUCUUUAAGGCACUACCGCCCUUGCCGUACACAACAACAUCGUCGCAGAAUAUACGCGCCUCGUCAGCGUCAUCACCACCGCCAGUGCCGCCGAUACGUUCGUCAUCAUUAUCGCACUGUUGUCCUUUGUCGUCGUCGGUACAGUGGCAGUCAUAUCCGCGCGCUAUAUCACUGACGCUGUCGGUGUCGCCAGUCGCAAGUCAUGUUAGCAGCAGUCGUAGUUGUCCACGGCUCGCAACGACUCAGACAGCAGGUACGGCAAAAGCUUACACACAAUCGACAUUCACGACGUCGUCUUACAGCAACCGUGAACAGGUUGGUAGUUACAGAAGUUGCAUUUUGUGCGAUAAAAACAACGAUAGCGAAGAAGACGACAACGAAGACGAAGAUAGUGCCGAAGAAGAACACGAGGAAAACGCAAGGACCGCUAGCAAUUCUAGCAUUGGCAUAAUGGUCUUAAGUACCGAAUGGUCUCAGGUAGAAGUAAUCGAUUUGGUUAACGAUGGCAAUGGUUUAGGCUUUAUAUUGGUGGGUGGACGCAGUACUGGUGUUGUUAUUAAAGCUUUAACUCCAGGCGGCGUUGCCGAACGUGAUGGUCGUUUGCAAUGCGGCGAUCAUUUGCUGCAAAUUGGCGAUGUGAACUUGCGUGGCUUCAGUUCCGAGCAAGUAGCAACGGUUCUUCGUCAGACUGGAGCUCAGGUUCGAUUGAUUGUUGCGAGGCCGGUGGAGCCGACAGCCAUCGAUUUACAAACGUUGGCCAGUCAUGCGCCAAUUAUUCCAACUAAGCUCCUCUCCGACCCAGAAGAACUGUCACGGCAUCUCUUUCAAAAUCCAAGCUUUGCUACUAGUGCUACAAGCGUUGGCGGUGGCGGCGACGGCGGCACCGUCAACGUCAACGUCGGCGUCAGUGUCGGUGGCUGCUUCCUGCCAACGCCGGAUACUGAACUAGCCGAUUUGCCACUGCCACCUAUACCAAGUGAUUUACAGUUGUCUGCGUCGGCUGCAGCGGCGCGCAUGUGUCCCAGGGAUUUGGAUAUUGUACCAUUUUCGAUUGUGUCACCGUCACCGCCGCCUCUACUGCCCUCGAUGUCUCCGACAAACGCGACAGCAAUGCACGUUAGUAAGUCGGUUUUAGCGAGCUCACUGCAGCAGCAGCUUGAGCUCAUCACCACCACCACCUCUACCACCACCAACACCACUACCACCACCACUAUCAGCACCACCAUCAUUAAUAACUCGAAAACCAUUCAGUUGGAACAUACUGAGACUGUGAUAGCUGGCGCCGAUGCCGGCACCUCAACGACCGUGCCGGACGCAGCGCAUAUUGACGCCGAUCGCUGCUCAACGGCUUCAUCGACAUACAUCGAUUCACCUGAAACGGAGACUUACGUGGUGGAACUGCAUAAAAAUGUCUACGGCCUUGGCAUAACUGUGGCCGGUUAUGUUUGUGAGGAGGAAGAUCUUUCGGGUAUAUUCGUGAAGAGUAUCAUCGAAGGUAGCGCCGCUGAGGUGAGUGGGCGCAUACAGAUUAACGAUCGCAUUGUGGCGGUGGAUGGGCGUUCGCUGGCGGGUGUGACCAAUCAUCAAGCGGUAGAGAUACUACGCAACACCGACAUCGAAGUCCACCUCACACUGGAACGUUUCCUGCGAGGACGUAAAUAUGAACACCUGCAAAAUGCACUCACAGAAUUGAAGGGAGACACGCAAUCACAAAGUUCACUGCCCGCAUCACCUUCGAUUGCCACACUUUCGUGGUUGCCACCGCGCUCGGAUGCCGAUUCCGUGGCCACUGAAGGUGGCAUCAUAAUGAUGGAGUUUACCGACUUUCCAUCACGCGAGACGGUCGACUCGAACAUGUCCUAUAUGCUGGAUCGCAGCGACCACAGCGGUAUUAGUAGUUCCAAAUGUCACAAGACGCCAACAACGCCCGACAAAAAGCACAUCACUAACGGUAAAUCAACGCAUAUCAAUGGUGCUAACGUCGAUGGAAACGAUAACAGCGAUGAUCAGGAUUCGGCAACGCUAGAGGACCAAACGCCAGCGAAAGAGUCGCAAACGCCUAAACUAGCGCAACAGGGCGGCAGUCAGUUAAACGGCAGUCGCAAGAAGUCGGUCAUAUCAGUGGCUGCGACAGCAACAGCAGUAACAACAACAACAGCUGCCGCAACCACAUCUAAAACGGCGAUGACGGUGACCACUACAGUAACAACGGUGCCUGCGGAAACAACGACAACAACUACGAUAGCGUCUACUACAACUGCGCCUACGAAGCCAACCGGCAAGUCUGCCUCAACAACUCAAGCCCCCCCAAGCAAUUUGGAGACACUGAAGCUGACCUGGAAAAGUGAGUUUCCUGAAAGUGAAAUUAUUGUAGCCGAAAUAAAUAAACUUUCAGGUCUAGGAAUCAGCCUGGAGGGCACCGUGGAUGUCGAAGGCGGCAUUGAAAAGCGCCCACAUCACUAUAUACGCGCCAUACUGGAAGAUGGACCUGUCGGCCGUCAAGGCAUACUCAAACCGGGUGACGAACUACUGCAAGUGAACGAGUAUAAAUUACAAGGACUCAAGCACACCGAAGUUGUUAAAAUACUCAAAGAACUGCCAACACAUGUGAAGCUGAUAUGUGCGCGUGGUCCCACCGCACCAUCCGUAAUAAAUACAUCACAAAAUCCCGAAGCAUUCGAAACACGCUCGCUGCUACCCGGCGGUCAUCAGAGUUUACAGAAUUUACUAACGACAAAAGCGCAAUCGGAAAGUUCACUCUAUACAUCGAGCACUGCCACGCUAACCGACCAGCAACGAUCCAAAUCGUUGGAGAACGUUUCAGGUUUGGCGCUAUGGAGUAGCGAUAUCACCACAAUAGAAAUUGAAAAAACCGAAUUUGGUUUCGGUUUCUCCGUACUGGACUACCAAGACCCGUUGGAUGCUGAAGGUACGGUGAUUGUGAUACGUGGUCUGAUACGCGGUGGUGCCGCCGAAGCAACUAAUGAGAUAUUCCCCGGCGAUCGGUUGGUCAGCGUCGGUGAGCACACCUUGCAAGGCAUCGACCUGGACAAGGCAGUGGAGAUACUCAAGGGCAUGCCAGUGGGGAGAACUAAAUUGGGCAUUUGUCGACCACUCUCAACAUCGGACAGCAAUAUAGCAUCGCCAGCUGAGGAGGGCGACUCGCCGAGCACAUAGUUUUUAAGGAACUUUUACUAUUUCAUCGCAUUUUCGCAAAUUUAAGUCACGACGCUGCCAUGCGCCCGGAUGAGUUCACUUCACUUGACGAUUGUACCAGUCUACAGACAUCUAUACACACAUACAUAUAUAUGCCGAACAGUAAGCAUUUUCACAUCUCGCAUCGCCUGGCGCAAGUAGCUCCAAUUGCUGAAUAUGAUGCGAAUUGUGGCGUUGGCUGGACACGGGCGUUGGGACGUUGGUACAGCAGUGAGACGAGGGUUGCAGGCGCACGCUGCUGAGAAACGAGAACGCGGUGGAAGGGCCUGUGAAGUGCUGUAAAUAUUUUGUUAGUGCAAGAAAUUACUUAACAAAAUUACUUAGUCUGUAUUUGUAAGAUGUAAGAUUUAGUGCGCUAAGUAAUUAGUUGUUAGCGAAUUUGCGAAUAAAUAAAUAAAUAAUUGCAACGGUAACCAUGUAGUAUAGCGCAUGUAUAGGGUUAAACAAAUUGAAAGAAAAAAAAACUAUAGAAAACCAUUCAUCAUUUUUGUAAUUUCUUAAGAAAAAUGCCAUGUAAGCAGUGUUAGCGAAGUGAUGGAACUCUAAUUGAAACAUAAAUACAUAGAUAUUUUCUCUACUAAUUGGUUUAUUUCAGUAGAAAUUAUUUUUCAAAAAUAU